GCGGCUGCGCGGGGCGGGGGGGGUGGUCAGGUGACUCCGGCGGCCGCCCAAGAUGGCGCCCGGCCUGUGGAGCCUGGGGAGGAAGAUUGACUCGUAACCAGGCAGCGGAGGGGCGCGCUGAGGCGGGGGCUGCCCGCGCCGGAGCUCCGCCGCCCGUGCCCGCGGCGGCCUGUGGCACAUGCGCUCGCCGGGCAGGGCUAUGGUUUUUCUGGGCUGCGCCUGAGGCUCUCGCUAAGGGCAGCAGCCUCCCCGGCCAUGGCUCUGAGGGAGCUCAAAGUUUGUCUGCUGGGGGACACUGGUGUGGGCAAAUCGAGCAUUGUGUGGAGAUUUGUAGAAGACAGCUUUGAUCCCAACAUCAAUCCAACAAUAGGAGCCUCAUUUAUGACCAAGACUGUACAGUAUCAAAAUGAGUUGCAUAAAUUCCUAAUCUGGGAUACAGCUGGACAGGAGCGGUUCCGUGCUUUAGCCCCAAUGUACUACAGAGGAUCAGCUGCAGCCAUUAUAGUUUAUGACAUCACGAAAGAGGAAACAUUCUCAACAUUAAAGAACUGGGUGAAAGAACUUCGACAACAUGGACCUCCAAACAUUGUUGUAGCUAUUGCAGGAAAUAAGUGUGAUCUUAAUGAUGUAAGAGAAGUCAUGGAAAAAGAUGCUAAAGACUAUGCAGAUUCCAUCCAUGCAAUAUUUGUAGAGACAAGUGCAAAAAAUGCAAUAAACAUUAAUGAACUCUUUAUAGAAAUUAGUCGUAGAAUUCCAUCAACUGACACCAACCCCCCAUCUAGUGGUAAGGGCUUCAAACUUAGAAGACAGCCAUCGGUGACAAAGCGCAGCUGCUGUUGACUGAUCCCUUAGAAAAUCAGACUUGUUUAUACAGUAGGUGGUCUUGGAAGUUAAUAGUUCACGUUGGGUUUAUAUUAUCAGUCUUAGAUCUUUAUCUGCUGGUGUUCAUACACCCAAGGUCCCACAAAAAUGGACCAGUUCAUCUGACAUCUGUAUGCUAGCAGAAAAGACCGCAAUCAUAAUGUCAGCCUGUUUACUUACAAAAUGUGUAGUAUCUCUUGUAUUCAAAGGGAAUCCAUCAUCACUCUUUUGGCCUUGCUUGAAAGGAAGGUGACUAUAUGGAUGGUAAAACUGAAAUGUUUAAUAGUUUUGUAAUCAAGAUUUUAUGUUUUUUGUAAAAAGGGAAAUGAGCACUUUUGUUGGACUUGGGGGUGGGAGGAAUCUGUUGAAAUUUGAAAGUUAGUCAGAUGGCAUUUCUUCCUUUUCUUCAGUGAGCCUUAUUUUAAAGGAAAUUGUAGCUAAUCCAAAGUAUAAUGGGACAGUUGGUUUGAGGUGGCUACAAAAUGAGCAACUGAAGACAGAUAACAAGCAAAUCAGUCCAUCCAGUCCCCAAAUCCCAUUUGCACUUUUUAUUUAAAGAUAUUAUGCGGGGCAGGGGGAGCACAAGCAACAGCUUUUAAACCAUGGACAAUCUUUUUUCACAUGCUGACUGUAAUCACUUUAAGGCAAACUGAUAUGCUUAUAGGCAUCUUUCUGUUUUUACAAACUUUUUUAAUAUUAAGAUCUUCAUAGAAGAAAACCUAACCGUAGUUCUGACUAAAUUAAGUGGUUACUGACUAAAAACAGAUGCUGUCAAUAGUUCUGGUAGGGUUUAAAAGGUUUGGGGGAAAGCUUUUAACUGCUUGGCAUGUGUAAAGUGUUCAUAUUAUAUUUAUGAGACCAAUGUUUAAAAUAUAAAUUAUAUAAAAACAGUAAAAUAAUGCAGUUAUAUCCAUUCCUUCCAUUCCACACCUAUGGAUAAAUUUCUGAGAAUCGCCACUUUUUUUUUCCCUUCCUCCUCUCUCCUGCAUAUUAGGUCCUGUCUCUGUCAGUGACUUCACCCAGAGGCAGGCUGAAAUUCAUUCUUUAGAUCACAUUUGAAAGGGCCAAUAGAAGCUACUGUUGGUGCAGUGAGGUUUGUCUGAGCAAGUAUUCAUCUGUGGUGCACCCAGUCUUUCCUGUUUUGGGUGCAAAAAUACAAAUAGGAACUAAACUGAAGUUGUAUGGUAGUGUAGAUCAUUACCUGUUGAUUCCUAGGCUUUUUCAUCUGAGAUAUUUUUUUCUUUUUUUAGCAAAUCAGCCUUUAGCUUAUAUUGUGCUGUUUUUAGUACGCUUUCAAUUAAACUAUAGAUUGACCAUACCCUACUGUGCUAUUUUAUUUAUUUUUAUUUUUUUCCCUACCAGCACUAGUGAGGAAUUUCAUACUUUCAAAGAAAGAGCUUACUAAGCUCAAGUAUAUACUAAAGCAUACUUUCUAGCUUUAGUAUCACAAUGAACUCAUGUUGAUGAUGCUUGUUCUGUGUUUGUGGUUUGGCUUUCUAUCAUCUCAAGUAUUUUCUCUGAAGGAAGUGUCAAAGAUUGAAAGAACUUCUACUUCAGACUAGUUUGUAUUAUUCAAAAUUCUCAUAGAGCUAUUCUGGAGCAAAACAGUUAAACCAUUACAGUGAGAGAUUUUGAAUAGAACAGUACAUUUUAAUAGAAUUUAGUGACUACAUUUUUCACUAUGCCCUUUACUUACCGCUGCAUAGUCAAGUAUGCCCUUUCUUUGCCACAGUUGUACAGGCUUCAUACAUAUAGAAUGCCUAAGAAGUAUAUUUUCAUCAAACAAAGGCUGUUUGAAGCCCCUUUGGAAAUGCUGGGCCUUAACAAAGCAUCUCAUAGUAGAGACAAAUCUAUGUUCGGUAUUCAGGCUGUUGUAUAAUAUUUUUGUGUGUAAUUCAAACCAAAUAACUUAUGAACAGAAAAUUUUGGUACUUUUACAAAAUAUUUAAUGGAAGUAUAACUAAUAAACAGAAUAAGCUUGUU